AUCCACCGGCGUACUUUGUAUUAUAUAUUAUACGAGCAGUGUGGCGAUAGCAAAGACAGCCAGUAACAGCGAUAACCGGAAAGAUAUUCUAGCAUGUUUGCACUUAGACGACCGGCAUUUGUAAGACAUUUUUCUGCACUAGUUAAAAACAUGGAAAAGUUGGAAGUUGUCCCCGAUGUUAUCGAUCAAGUUCCCAAGGAAGUCUGCAAGGUUAGCUAUCCAAGUGGUGUCAAGGUUGAUCUUGGGAACAUUUUGACGCCGACUCAAGUUAAAGACAUUCCAAACGUGGAAUGGACAGCCGAUGAUAGCGCUUUAUACACCGUUUGCAUGACGGAUCCGGAUGCUCCAAGUCGCAAAGAACCGAAAUUUCGCGAAUGGCAUCAUUGGUUAGUGGGAAACGUUCCCGGAGCUAACAUUUCUAAAGGAGAGACUUUAUCUCAAUACGUCGGAUCUGGACCGCCUCAAGGAACCGGAUUACACCGUUACGUUUUUUUGAUUUACAAACAAAAUGGAAAAUUAAAUUUCGAUGAACAGAGACUUACAAACACUUCAGGAGAUAAUAGAGGAUGCUUUUCAAUCAAAAAAUUUGCCGAAAAAUAUCAAUUGGGUCAACCUGUCGCUGGUAAUUUUUAUCAAGCCGAAUGGGACGAUUACGUUCCUAUUUUGUACAAACAAUUGGGCGGAUAAAUAUUAAAAAAUAAAACUUUGUAAUAUUAUAGCAUGAUAUUACUGAAAUACAUUUUUGUUAAGUAAUCUUA